CCUUCUUUCGAGGACUGUGCAUUCGUUCACUCACGAAACUCAAGUCAACCGAAGAGCGAAGGAGGGGGCUGUCCAUGGUGACGGAGGCGAAGGACAGCUAUGACGUCAUGCUCCUGCCUGGGGACGGCAUCGGUCCCGAGAUCACGGCGGCCACCGUCAACGCGCUCGAGCCGCUGCAGUCGCUCUUCAAGCUCAACUUCAAGGAGGCGCUGAUCGGAGGUGCCGCCAUCGAUGCCGAGGGUUCACCGUGGCCUGAUUCGACCAUGGCGUUGGCCAAGGCGUCGGACUCUAUCCUGCUGGCCGCCAUCGGAGGGCCCAAGUGGGACGGCAACCCGCGGGAGCUGAGGCCGGAGACCGGGCUGCUGGCGAUGCGCUCGCAGCUGGGGCUGUUCGCAAACCUUCGGCCUGCUAAGGUGAUGAAAGAGCUGGUGGACGCCUCUUCCCUCAAGCCCGAGAUCGUGGAGGGGGUGGACAUCAUGGUGGUCAGGGAGCUCACGGGUGACGUCUACUUCGGCACGCCCAAGGGGAUCGACGAGCUGCCUUCGGGGGAGCGGGUAGGGUACAACAACAUGAUCUACCACGAGCACGAGGUGGAGCGUAUCGCGAAGGUUGCGUACGACGUGGCGAUGAAGAGGGGGAAGCGCCUGUGUUCCGUUGACAAGGCUAACGUGCUCGACGUCAGUCAGCUGUGGAGAGACGUGGUGAUCAAGAUGUCGGAGGACUACCCGGAGGUGGAGCUCACGCACCAGUACGUCGACAACGCCGCCAUGCAGCUCAUCCGCUGGCCCAAGCAGUUCGACGUGAUGAUGACCGGCAAUAUCUUCGGCGACAUCCUUUCCGAUGAGGCCUCCAUGCUCGUGGGCUCCCUCGGCAUGCUCCCCUCCGCCUCCAUGGGAAACCCCGACGGCCCCGGCGUGUUCGAGCCGUGCCACGGUUCCGCCCCGGACAUCGCGGGACAGGACAAGGCCAACCCAUUGGCGAUGAUCCUCUCUGCGGCAAUGAUGCUCCGAUAUGACCUGGGGCGGCCCGCGGAGGCGGACAUGGUGGAGGCGGCCGUGGACGUGGUCAUGGACAAGGGCUACGCCACCGACGACAUCCAGCGGGAGGGAACCACGGCCGUCGGCUGCAAGGAGAUGGGCGAAAAGGUGAAGGAAGAGCUCGCCAAGCUCGUGGCUGCGGGGGCCGGGGCCGAAGCGGCUGCCGUGGGCGAAGCGGCGGCGGCGCGAUGAGCGGGUAGAAAAUCGAGUUGAGUGUAGUCUGUCUGUCGUUUCUGGUGUUGCCUGAACGGGUGCGCAAGGCACGGAAACGGUAGACGCAAUGGAGGGUGCCCGCCUGCCGUGAGAGCGGAGCGGUGCAAGAAUAAUGCCGUUGUGUUCGUGUGAGAGUUGCGAAAUAGGACCGCCAUGUCAGCACGGACGACAAUGGCGGGUGGUACGGUAUGACGCACGAGAAGCCACCAGGCGCCGGCGAUCAGGAAACGCCCUGCCAAGCGCGUGACGGCUUGAACUCCGUGCGUCAAGUAGUUCUCGAACAUUCGGUGCUUCAACGUGGGUAAACGCUGGCAAUAAGACGUGGGGCAGUUUUUUCUGUGAAUAGGAAGGUCCGAAUGGGAUAAUAGCGGUCGGAGUGGCAUCGCACAUCGGACUGUUUUGGUGCCGGCUCCAGGCAAGGGAAACAGGCGUCGUGCUGGCGCUUUCCUCUUGAAAAAGACCUGGAACGAACGACGUUCUAAUGGCAUCGCUUGAUGUUGUAUGGGUUUUCACUCACCCAUUCAGCACACCGCCGCCGUCGCUGCUGCUACCGCUGCUUGUUUGGUUUGUGAUGGUGUUGUCGUUGUCGCACACACGAUCGUCCCUUUUAUUGCGAUAAAGCCACAACUGUGGAGCGACGAGUUGAUCCAGCCCCCACACGAGACUGUACAUGUUCGGAUGUUCACCGACACCACACGAAUCCCGCCAACAUUGGCGGAACGAAUUAUUACCCAACGCUCCACGCAUGAAUUCAUUCGAAGCCAAAAGGGAUGUGAAGAAAAAAACCAAAACGGAACAAGUCGUUUGGUGGCACCCGAACAGCUCACGUUUUCGCAAAGCGCUCACAACCCCAAAACUCCGAAACACUCCCGCGUGGAGUAAAAACGGAGGCCUCCCCCCCCAACUCGCCCAACUCGUGAGGCACCUAGAUGUGGGAGUUGCAUGGCGCAUCCAUCAAUAUCUACCGGGACGCUCUUCCCUGCUCCCCGUCCAAUUCCUCCACAUAAUAAUCUCCGAUGCAUGGACUGGACUGCCUCCAGCCCUUUCCUUGGAAACAGCUGCUGUGGUUGGUGUGACCAUGGAAGCGGCGGUGGCUCGAAGCACUUCCUUGAUAUCGCACCCUUCCCUCCCACGGCACUCGUAUCAGGGCGGGUACGCAAUUUCCACUCACGAAGCCCCUCCGCUCGCUGGCCUUUGCGUCUACCGCGUGUAGUCUCUUGUAACUGUCUGUCCGAGCGUUGCCGCGCACUGGCAUCACGCCCACAGAGAGAGAGAAAAGGUGCAGGCAGUUUUCUGAUUGGCCAAUCUCCGUGUUUGGGGCUCGAGCUUCUCGCAGAACCCCGUGUUUCUGGGUCAACCCUAUGCAACGUUCGCCCGCCGUUUGCACAGCUUCUUUGCCGCGGCAUAAAGUCUCUAUCAUACUCUAGGGCUCGGUCAACACCCCACCCGCCUCACCGCCACCAACAACUAACUACAAGCAAGCCAAAACGAACAAAACCACCACAAUCGCCACAUCUAGAGCGGCAGGGGGGUGAUCUCGCUGAUUAACCUAGAUAAUCAAUGUCCACAGGUCGGACUCAGAGUGAAUUCUGGUUCCACGUGCCUACAAAUCGUCAACAGAAAUCCAUUCCAAACAUCUGCGCCAGCAGUCCCGGCGAGUCGCUUAGCUGCCCUGCGCGUGGUGCAAUCUCCCAACCGUGUCUCGUUCUAUUGGCUACUUCUGCACCACAUCACCCCGGAAAAUAUUGGAACCUCCGUGCAACGAGUCAGAACACCGAUCUUGCGGCCCAUCAACCUGAAGUUCACCGCUGAGGCACGGCGCGCUUGAAGGCAUAACAUACGCACUUCAUUCGCAGGGCUAGGUGUAUACUCCGACGCCCUUCAUUCACAUACGUUCUUGCUUCUCAACGAUGGCCCCUUGGGACACGUUGCGUGUGAAUGCAUGUAUUUGCAUCAACCGCACAAAUAACUGGCUGACCAAUGAACACGUCAGUCUCAGUGCGGUUGA